AUGGAUCUAUUAGAUAAAAUUCAAUCGAUUACUACGGAUGGAGGACCUGAUAUUAAAUCCGCUACUCAAGGUGGUGAAUUUGGAAUGCGAAUCUCCUGCACAGCACAUCAUUUGAAUUUAGUUGUAAAAAGGGCCUUGUGGCUGUUUGACAAACCAUCAAAUACUGCAUCUUCAUCAGUUGCAAUUGUUCCAGAAGAAAAUGAUAAUUAUGUUCAUUAUGAUAAUAAUGACUAUGAAGAUUAUGAAGACUAUGAUAACCAUGAUGAUAAUGAAACAUUUACUACCGAUGAUAAUGAAACAUCUACUAUUGAUGAUAGUGAAAUAUCUACUACUGAUGAUAAUGAAGUAUCCAAACAAGGUGUUGAUGAAAAUGAUUAUGAUAGUGACGUUUCUGAUGAAUACAACUCAAAUAAUAAAUCCAUUAGUACAUAUACAUCAUCUGAUGAAGACUUAUUUGAUGAAACUUAUACAGAUGAUCAUGAAAAUGAAAAAGAACAAGCUUCAUUGCAAGGUGGUGAAAAUAAUCAAAGUCAAGUUGAUGAACGUACAACUUCGGCAACAGUUGCUGAUGCAGAUGUAUUAGUAUCGACUAUUUUUAACUUACUAAAGCGUGUUAGAAACUUAAUAGGUUUUAUUCGACAAUCAAUUGUUCUUAAUCGUUAUGUUCGCCGUCAAAUAUAUUUAAAACAAAUAGAAAUAAAUCGGCGUGCAAAGGAAGAAAAAAAGAAACCUAUUAAAUUAAAACGUGUAAUAUUAGAUUUUCGUAUUAGAUGGAAUACUACAUACAUUAUGGGUUCCCGAUUUCUUGCAAUUAGUACAAUAAUUACAGAUAUUACACUUUCACCUAAUCAUGAAAUUGGUUUAAGAAAGAUACAAUAUCAAAAACUUCGAAAUUUAUCACUUUCUCGUGAUGAUUGGCUAUAUUUAUUAGCAUUAAAAUGUGUUUUACGCCCUUUUUAUGAAGCAACUGUAUUAUUAUCCGGUUCAAAAUAUCCAACUUUAUCAAUUGCUUUUCAUAUAUUAAAAGGCUUAAAAUUAUUCUUGAUGUCUACCAAAACUGAUGAACCAUUACAAAAUUCUAUGAAAUAG